AUGUCCCGCCACCACCCCGAUCUCGUUAUGUGCCGCAAGCAACCUGGCAUCUCUAUCGGCCGUCUGUGUGAUAAGUGCGAUGGAAAAUGCCCCGUGUGUGACUCCUACGUGCGCCCCACGACCCUCGUUCGAAUCUGUGACGAAUGCUCCUUCGGUAAUUAUCAGAACAAGUGCAUCGUCUGCGGGGGCGAAGGAAUCAGCGAUGCCUUUUACUGUUUUGAGUGCACGAGGUUAGAAAAGGACCGAGAUGGCUGCCCGAAGAUUAUAAAUUUGGGAAGCUCCAGGACGGAUUUAUUCUACCAGAAGAAAAGUUUUCGGAAUCAUUGA